AUGCUGAGGAUAGGAUAUCUAAUCAGCGUGUCGAUAGGAUUGGCAUUUUGCCAGAUGCCGUAUGGACCUUCUCAGCUAGACUUGUAUUUUCGAUUAUUGAGAAAUCAGAAUUUGGGAGGUUUUGGCAACCUUAUAAAUGUGGAGAACCGUAUUCGAACAGCAGAACGGCAACAGUUUUUGUCGGGUUUACCACCAUUGCCAAUGACUCAUGAUGAAGUCAUCAAUGUAUUAACCACUGAAUCUCCAACAACGACUGAAAAACCAACUGCCAGACCCACAACUCCAUUACCACCAGUUGAGGACCCAUUUGGUGCUAAUAAUAUUCCAGAAGGUCCACCAGUUCCAGAAGAGAGCAUUGGUGGCACUUAUGACGAGGAUGGUAACUUUGUGUCUGCCACAAAUUUGAUCACAGAACGGAAACGAAAUUUGCACGCACAAAACCGAGUGAUCAGACAACACACUACACCACGCCCAUAUACGUACCCACCAUUGGUUUUUAGAGCCAAACCCCAACCACCAACUCGUGACACCUACCUCAACAACUUGUUGUUGGAAAUUGAGGAGUACGAUGAUUUCUUGGACCAAGUGAACCAGUACAAAACGCGCUAUCCAGGAGCUCAGGUGCCAAAUCCAUACCGCUCACUUCCAGAGGGCAAACUACCAGCUUUGGCACAAUAUAGAAAGAAAUAA